AUGGUUGUUGUUUGGUCGGAAGAGCCGCGGCAGCGCCGUCAGACGGCGAUCGCAGAUGAUCUCCUCGAUACGGAGGACAACUUCUACGACUUGUUACGGUUUGUAAGCCGCCACUUUCUCGGGUUUGGCAAAUACAACAGUCCAGCUAAAGAAGCGUCGCAACUGGUGGUGAAACUCAAAUGGGAAGAUUUCAAGUUGACGACGUCGCACAUGAACGUGUUCCAGGAACGCAGCGCUGAUCUACGCCAAUGCGGACUUAUCUAUGCAAUUAAGUUACGUUAUUCAUGGACGUUGAUCUGGGUCAAGAUCCACAAUAGCAAGUUCGUGGAGAUAACCCAGAUCGACUCGAAGCCGCGCGAGAUCGCCCAGCUGACCGAACGGCAGCUCGCGGAAAUCAAGCAGCACAUCUGCGUGAUGCUCGACAUCCCCGGCCUGGACCAGCUGGUGUACACGUUCCGGUAUUGGAUGCCGGUGAUGGAGGACGAGAACCUCAGCAACGACAAUUUGUUGGUUAUCAAUCUGCAACAGCUGUUGAGCGGCUACCAAUGGCACGGGUUCGAGCUCAAGCCCGAAAACAUCGAGUACGAGUACCAGAGUCUCGUGAACGGGCUCACCGAGCUCAAACGGGCGUACCACAAGCAUCUGGUCGAGGGCAGUCCCGAGCCGGUGGAGGUGGUGGAAGUGGCAGAGAAGACGCCCGAGCCGACGAAACGGGGCGCAUCCGAAGACACGCCGCUCAGGAAGCGGACCCGUCGCGGCGGCGAGGACGACAAUCACCACCAUCCUCAUCCGAAACCCAAGGUGGUCAAGGAAAAAGUGGUGGACACUUCUGGCCAUGAUAAUCAGCCAUGUUAUGUGACGGUAGACAAUUUGGAAACCAUCAAGCAGCAGAUCAAAUACGACCCAAAGAAGCUCAAAGACAUGGUGAAGGAGUUCCAGACCAAGUACGAAGACAUCCAGGCCAGAUUUUAUUCCCGCUGGGCCAAACAGUCAGGAUCGGACGUUGAGGAAGAGGAGGAGGAUGAGACAAGUUUCUCGAUGUACGGUCCAACACAGGCGGAGUACGAGAUCCUGAUCUCGCAGGAAGUCGUUGCCACCAAGACUCUGCUCAAAAAACUCUCUCAUAUGGACAUUUUCCCCAACCAGCAGCAGAUGCGUGCUAUUUCGAACGCAAGACGGUGGAUCAACCAGAGAUUCAAGUUUGAUCCGGCAACAAAGACGGUGCAGUAUCUGCGGGACUCAAACGUGGUGAUUCCGGAUUAUCUGGACAUCCCGUACAUUGUGAUUGCGACACAUUUGCAUUUCGACUGUCUUGCCCCGCUGCUGACAUACAACCAUGUUCGCCGUAACUGGUACAUCUCGAAAAAGACAGUCGACUAUAUCAUUGCGCAGUGCGAGUUCUGCAACCAGUGA